AUGCCGUCCCAGGCUGUCUUCAGCACGAAGGACAACGCGACCUACACCACCUCGUCGGGCGCCCCCGUCGCGCAUCCGUACGCUGCCCAGCGCGUCGGCAAGAUCGGCCCUCUGCUCCUCCAAGACUUCCACCACAUCGAUCUCCUCGCCCACUUCGACCGCGAGCGCAUCCCGGAGCGUGUCGUGCACGCCAAGGGUGCCGGUGCCCACGGCUUCUUCGAGGUCACCCAUGACGUCAAGGACCUGUCCUGCGCCGCGCUCUUCAACACCAUCGGCAAGAAGUCGCCACUCACCAUCCGUUUCUCCACCGUCGGUGGCGAGUCGGGUUCCGCGGACUCCGCUCGCGAUCCCCGAGGUUUCGCGAUCAAGAUCAAGACCGAGGAGGGCAACCUCGAUUGGGUGUUCAACAACACCCCCGUCUUCUUCAUCCGCGACCCGGCCAAGUUCCCCCACUUCAUCCACACCCAGAAGCGUGACCCGCAGACGCACCUCAAGGAUGCGGACAUGUUCUGGUCCAUCCACCAGGUCAUGAUCCUCUUCUCUGACCGCGGCACUCCCGUCGGCUACCACCACAUGCACGGCUACUCCGGCCACACCUUCAAGUGGGUGAACGAGAAGGGCCAGUUCCACUACACUCAGGUCCACAUCCGCAAGGACGGUGGCUGCAAGACGUACACCGACCAGGAAGCCGGCAAGAUGUCGGGCGAAAACCCUGACGUUGGCAUUCAGCUUCUCUUCGAGGACAUCGAGAAGGGCGACUUCCCGUCCUGGACCGUCUACGUGCAGACUAUGACGCCCGAGCAGGCGGAGAAGUUCCGGUACAACAUCCUCGACCUCACCAAAAUCUGGCCGCACUCCGAGUUCCCCCUCCGGCCCGUGGGCAAGAUCGUGCUGAACAAGAACACGGACAACUACUUCGCCGAGAUCGAGCAAGCCGCCUUCUCGCCCUCGCACCUCGUGCCCGGCAUCGAGCCCUCCGCGGACCCGCUGCCCAUCAACGCGCCGGUCGCGCCAGUCGCGAACUUCCAGCGGGACGGCGCGAUGGCGUUCAACUCGCAGGGCGCCCGCCCGAACUAUCAGAGCAGUAUCGUCCCGCUCGCGUACAAGCCGAAGGUGUACGAGAGCGUCGACCACGAGAUCUUCCUUGGGUCCGCGCAGGCGGACCUGAGCGAGAUCACCGAGCUCGACUUCGAGCAGCCCCGCGCGCUGUGGACCAAGGUCUUCAACGACACGGACCGCGAGCACCUUGUGUACAACUUCUCGGUUCACCUUGGGAAUGCGAAGAGCGCCGAGGUCAAGGCCCGCCAGCUCGCCGUCUUCGCCGCCGUGUCCCAGGAUCUCUCCGACCGUGUUGCUGAGAAGAUCGGUGCGCCGAAGGUCGCGCCCCUUAAGGUCAAGUCCGCGGCCGAGGCGAUUCGUUUCAAGUGCCGUGCGGCGUAG